UAUAACCCCAGCACCGCUCGCAAAGAAAGCCGAGUGUUCACAUCCGCUCCUCCACUGGAGAGACAUACAUAAGAAACGGUGCAGCUGCACCCAGUCAACAGCCUGUCAAUCAACAAACCGAAUGCAGCCAAAAUCCAUUUUACACAAAAAAAAAAAAAAAAAAAAAAGGAAAUUCUAGAUUUCAUUGGGUGUGAACUAUAAACUCACUCCAGUCUUUCUGAUGCAUUUACAUCAGCACCACAUCACGGGUAGCGAAUAUAAAGAAAAACGACCAGCCGUGACAAACAGCCAUGAAUCUUGAGCCACUCAAACCAGAGAUCAAAUCAGUCACCCGUGUCACCGGUGGUCCUGCCACACCACGCAAAGGACCGCCCAAGUUCAAGCAGAGGCAGACUCGCCAGUUCAAGAGCAAGCCGCCAAAGAAGGGUGUCCAAGGUUUCGGAGAUGACAUCCCUGGCAUGGAAGGUUUAGGCACUGACAUCACUGUCAUCUGCCCCUGGGAGGCCUUUAAUCAUCUGGAGCUUCACGAGCUGGCUCAGUAUGGUAUCAUCUGAGCCUGUUACCUCCCCAUCAUCCUCUGUGCAGUUAAGACCCUUCCAGUCAUGUUCUCCAAAGCACCUGCCUCCAUCCCAGCCAUCGUCUCCAAGUGGACCGUUCUUACUUUUAUAACAUAAUACACACACAAAACAGCAACAUUUAUAAAAAUAGGAAAACUAAGAAAAAUCAACAUGAAAAAAAAUCUAUCUGACUAUCCAUCCCUCUGGUUUCUUUUCUUUCUUGCAGUCCAAGAACACUUUCUGCUCAAACUAUAGAACAGAGAAGAUCCAGUCAGAUUGCAUUCUGUUUACUUAGAAAAACUUCUGCUCCUUUCUUUGCUCUCAUCUUCUUUUUCUACUCUCCCUCCCUGUUUUCUUCUGGAACACGAAACAUACGGAAGUAACACAGCCUCUGCGUGAGUAAAA